CCUAGCUCGGCGCAGCGCAUUGUUUCCACACGAUGAUGACAGGAAUUUAGUGUAACUGGUUGUAAUGCUAUUUAUUUCACGCUUCUACGGUUCAGGCCACCUGGGCCGCUUUCUUAACUAUCCAAGUUGUAUGCUCUAAACACCGUAACUUAGGCUCAGAAGUUAAGCCCUGCGCAUCACUUUCAUUAUGGCAAAAAGCGGCCAAAAAAGGGGAAACGUGGGGCUAGCUGCGGAGGCGCUGAAGGAGGCGCUCAUUGCCAAGCUACAACGUGGUGCUAAGGACAGUCCCUUGAAUCAUGGCAUCUUUCAAGCCAUUAAACUCGUGGAAGGCUUCCUACAAGCACGCAAGGAGAGCCCCGAGGAGCUGGAAGCCCUCAAAUCUGAAAUUAAGCGCCUGUUAAUGACCCAGAUUGUGGCUAAAGCCUCGUUGCCGCCUCACCCCACGCAAGACGGGCGCUCCCGACCAAACGCAACAACAAAACCCACAGCAACAGCAGCAUCCCUGCAACAACAACACCAGCUGGCGCAAUCCCUGCCGCAACCGCUUCCACAACCGCAGCAGCUGCAGCCGCUGCAGCAGCGACCGCAAGCGCAGCCCCUGCCGCAGCCGCCCCAGCCACGCCCUCAGACGCAGUCGCAGCUGCUGCUGCAGCCGCUGCCGCCGCGGCCGCUCACGCAGGCGCAGGUUCGCGCGCAGCUGCAACAACGGUCGCAAGCGCUUCCAUCGCAGCCACUGCCAGGCGCCUCAGCGCUGCAGCCGCAGAACGAUGCGGCGAGAGGUGAAGCCACGGGCGGCAAUAAGCCCCGGCGGGCGAGCGCCAGGAGCUCCGGCAGCGUGAGUCUGGACUGGACGCUGCCGCAGCGCACCCUCAACCGCAAGGCCUACGUGCGGGUGGGCGACUUUGGGCGCAUGACGCUGGUGCAGGACGAGCUGGCGAGGCGGGCGGAGGCGGCGCGGGCGGCGGAGGCGGUGGAGCGGCGGCGGGCGGUGCUGGAGGUAUCCCGGGAGCAGAUGGAGCUGCUGCGGAAGCGGAAAGAGGACGAGCGGGAGGCUCGGCGGCAAGCGCAGCGGGAUAUGGACGAGCAAUUACGGCAAUACCAGGCGUCGGAAGCAGCUCGGAUGCAGAGGCAGCGGGAGCAGCAGUCGCAGCUGCGGGGCUUGUACGCGGGGCAAGUGGAGGAGCAGCAGGCUCGUAAGCGUAGUGAGGCGGAGCAGCGCAUGCGGGAACACGAGGCGGAGCGGUUGCAGCUUCUGGAGGAGGAGCGGAGGGAGCGGGAGCGGCAGGAAAAGGUUGCCCGUGAGAAUGCGGAGCAGCGGGAGGCGCUGCGAGUGGCGUUGCUGGCUGCCAUGGAGGAGAAGGCGGCUGCGAGGCUGGCGCUGAUCGAGGAGGAGAACCGGUACAACCGGGAGUGCAUUGCCAAGAUGGAUGCUGACGAGGCGGCUCGGCGGCAGGUGGUGGCGUUGCGUCAGGAGCGCAUGCGGCUGGCGGUGGAGCGGGGAGGCGGCGCAGCGCUGCAGGCUUCCCUAGAGCAGCAGGAGCGCGCGGCAGCCGAACGCGCGGAGCGCCUCGCAGCCCAACAAGAAGCCGCAAACUUGGAACGAGAACGCCAAACCGUCGCACGACGCCAGCGCCAAGCGGAGGAGGCCCUGCGGCAGCUUGAUGCGCAGAUUGCGGAGAAGGAAGCGCAGAAACGCGCGGCGGCGGAGGCGGAGGAGCGACUGCGGGCGACCGUGCGGGCAGCGGAGGCGGCGGCGCGGGCGGAGGCGGAGGCGGCGAAGGCGGCGCGGCGGCGGGCGCAGGCGGAGGCUCUGGAGGAGCAGAAGGCGGCGGUGGCGGAGCAGCACCGGCGGCGAUACCAGGAAUACCGAGAGCCUGUUGAGGACCGCUACCGCUGGCUGCAUGCGGGUGCGCUGUCGGGCACGCAGCGCGCGUUUAAUAACCUGGCGGUGCCGGCGGGGAAGGCGGCGGUGCUGGCAGGCAUGACGGUGUAGUGGAGGAGGAAGGGUGGUGGCAUGCAGGAGGUGGGAGGGGGCUGCAUGUAUGGCGGAGUAUGAAUGUGUAUGAGGAGUCAUGCAUGCAGCGUGUGAUGGUGCGGUGCAGGCUUUGUGGAUUGUGAAUUGCGGGGCGAUUUAAGAAAACUGGCUGCGAGUCGGAUCGUACUGUGAUUGCCGGAAGAUGAAGUCCCGACAGAAACGCUACAGGUGCCGAGGAGUAUGGGGGCGUGUGCAUGCAUGGGUUUCACUCCGUGUGCGGCUCGGCCUUUCCCUUCGGAGUAAAGCGGACCUGAGGACCUAAGCGUGACGGUGCCGGGCGGGGUGCAAUGCACAGGUGGUGUUGGGGCGUUAUUGCGGAGGGUAAGGAACGAAGGGUGCAUGGUGGUUGCGAGCAUGGCGGCGGAGGGGAGGUGUGAGAAUUCCAUGCAAGGACGCCACAGCGCAGGCACACCGCGAGAAUACGCGUAUACGGCUACCCACUUGGGGCAGAUGAAAGGUGCAGGUGCCUGGGCGACUUGAGAUUUGAGGUGAAGGUGCAGGCGAGCAGAGUGCGGCUCAACGGAUGCAGCAUUAGAGGUGUGUGCUAAUGGCAGGAGGAAGCAAACCGUGCAGGAGUUGACUGGUUAUUUGGCAGGCACGGGCAAGGUGUUGCUGUGGCCAUGUGCUUGGAAAGCCCUAGCUAUAGCUGUGGGAUUAUGGGCUCAUCCUAUACAUACAUAUAUCCUAUUUAUGGUACCCGCUUGGGCGCUUAUACCGGACACCCGGUGGGCGUUGGAGGUUGGAGGUUUGAGGCAGUCGUUGAUGUGUUGCGGGUUUGUUGACACGUGUUGCGACUUUGCGAGCGCUGAAGAUGAAAGAAGAACUGAGUAGUCAAGCAGUGUCGUGCAAGCAAGGGUUUGUUCACACCAGGGGCUGCGAAUAUAUCAGUCCGUGUUGGCUGGUCGUACACGCGGAAAAAUGCCCGCGAAAUGGAUGAGAAUAGUGUUGGUGAUCUUUCCAGAACGAACUGUAUUGGUGUUGUACAUUGGUGUUCGCGUUGGUUCAUAUCCAUGGGGUGCUGUCGCUUGCGCUCUCGCCAAGUACGACACCGGUCGUACAUUGGAUACGACAGGGUACGAGCUCAUAAAGGCAUCGUUACUCUUGCUCUCUUACUGCGGGUAGAUAGGUACGGCUGAGGUGCAUCAGUCCGAUGCUGGGCCAACUGGGCUAUAUAGUUGCCGCUUCGUUGCUUCAGGCACUGGGUGUAUGUUUUGCCCAUAUGGCACAUGCAUGCAUGCGGAUCUGGACGAUGACACCGUACAGGAGCGAAAUGCGUGCGCAGUGUUUCUCCUGCGCUGGCUGGUCCCAGCUUUUGCAAAUGUUGUAAAGUUAUCCUGUCCAGGCCCAGAC